AUUCCCCGCCAUGUUCAGUCCGUUGUCCCCCACGAUCAACCUUCAUGCACGAUCACAUUCUUUGCCCAAAUCACGUAGUUCAGCUCUUCCACUCUCAACGACCACCCAACAGAUUUCGGAAAACAUCAGCACAGCUACUCGUACUGCAGUCUCAUUAGAAUAUGCUUCUCUCAUAGCCAAAUCACAUUGUCCCCUUGGGAUGUACAUAAUGCCCUCUACAGAGAGUAUCAUGAUAUGGGAUGGUGUUCUUUUUGUUCAUCAAGGUUACUACUCAGACGCCAUCCUCAAAUUCAGGAUAUCGUUCCCAUCCAAAUACCCAGAAAGACCACCGAAAGUGCAGUUCAUCACCGAAGUUUUCCAUCCAUUGGUCGCUACAGACGGGACGCUCAGCUUGACACCCCAAAUCCGCACUUGGCUGUGAUUCAUUUGGCCUGUCUCCAAACUAAUGACACACCGUACUGACUCCUUUUUCGUGAAGGCCCGGACAACAUCAUAUAUUCGACGUACUACAUUUCAUCAAAGCUGCGUUCAAGUCAUACACAAUAGAGAAGCUCGAAGAAGGAGAUUGCUUCAACAAAGAGGCAUAUCGGUGAGGAAUCCGGUCGGUUCUUCAGAACAACAUCCUCAUAAAGUCAUGUAGGCUGUUUCAUGAUUCUACUUCAUCAUUUGUGGCGCUGGCGUCCCAGUCAGCUUCACUGUCAAAGUCUUCCUCAACCCUGUUUGACAUAGACCAACCAACGGUGACCUCAAAAUCGACGCAUAGUAUGAAAUUCUCCGAGUUGGAACCGAAGAUUCUCAAACAGGAACGGGAAAAGUACGGCCUGAAAGAUUGGGAUACGGAGGAUGGAAAGGAGGAAAGUAGUAGUCUCAAUCGCGUAUAAUUUGAUGACAUUCUACCUGCAGUCUCGAGUUACUUCAUGUUGCAAUGCUAUGAUUUGGUGAGAACCG